GAAUGCCAAGGAAAGCUUCGAAAACAAAAACAAUAUAAUAAAGUUUCAAAAAGCAAAAGAAAAUUAUUAAUAUACAUGUGUUGAUGUAGUGUAGCCCCAACAAACACCACGAACUUCCCAUUCCCAUCAAUCAAAUUAUUGAUUUUCUGAUUGAAUUUGAAAUCAGAAAGGUCUGAAUUCAGUUGGGUUUUCUUCAAAUUUCAUCAUCUUCAUCAUCUUCUUCUUUUCGAACCAUUCCUUUUCCCCCAAAACCCAAAUGGGUUCGAGCUGUAGUCAUCUGGGGACGCGCCCUUCUCGCUCCCGAGAUUACCGCACCAACCGCUCCAAUUUCUGCUCUCUAUUUUGCGGUGCUUCCUCUUCUCGCGCGAUUCAUCAGAUGGAAGAUUCUACAGUUCAAUUUCUUGUCCAUCCGACAGAACAUCAACAAUGUAAUCACAACAUUGAUGAAGUUCAACUCCCCACAAAUGGAUCUAUAAGAUUGGGACUUCCUAGUGCAAGCGCUUACUCUGAGACCUCCUACGAGAACCACAUUGCAGUCAGUGAGGAACGCUGUGCUGUAGAUGAUCCAAGAAAUAUCAACAUCAAUGUUCAUGGGAAGUGUUUGUCUCAAAAUAAGGAAUUAACUCCUCUUCAACAGGUUAGUGCUGAUUACAGUCAUGAUGAAUCUCAUAGAUAUAGUAAUGCUUCCAAUGGUACUUCAUUUAAAGGACAUCAAUCUUCGGAACCAGUAUCUGUAAAUAUUUUGGCUAACGAGGAUGCAGUAAAUGGCAUUGAUAGUUCAGUGGACAAGGGUGCAUCACCAGUCUGCACGAAGGUCAUGUUUGCAGCAAGCAGUUCGACUACUCAAGAGGCUGGAGAUUCAUGUUCCAAUGAGCUGACAGGUUCCAUUCAAGAGGACGAGGUGACAGUUUACCAGGUCCCAGAUUCUGAAUGGUCUCCUUCUGGUUCUGGUCUUCCAUUGACUUUUCAAUCCCUUGGAGAUGAAUCUUCACAAGAGGUACCCUCAAGUUUAGACAUCACUCUUGUGUCUGAUAAUAGGGAUCUAGGCCAAGAAGAUGUGGGUAUGCCUCAUGUUGAUAUGGUUGGUAUUUCUUCCAAUGUUUUAUCUACAAGUAGCACUGAUGCGAGUUCUCUUGAGGUCAGAAGAAAUAGCAGAAGACUGUUUUGGGAUGCCUUUUCAAGACGUAGUUUUAGAAGACAAAGUGAAUCUCCAUUUGUUUUCCCAUCUAAUAACUUUAGAAAUACAGGAGAUCCAGAUAGGUGGCUCCUUGAUAUAAGUGGUGAUUUUAUUGAUGAUGAAGUGAGUGGCGAUUCAAGACAUUUUUCCAGCAGAAUUCACAUAUUGAAUGAACAGCAAAGAAACUCAAGAUCUCAGAUGCAGAUAUGGGAAAGACUCCGAAGUAGUCUCAGCGAAAACAGUCGGCAGAAUUUAUCUUGCCCAUCAGGCAUUCACCCUGAUGGUCCUUGCUCGUGUGACUCAUUCUCAAGGAUAGAACACUCAAGUACCCGUGCAAGCAUAUCACGGAUAAUCAUGCUUGCUGAAGCAUUAUUUGAGGUUUUGGAUGAAAUUCAUGGCCAGCCAGUUUCUCUUGCCUUGUCCAUGGUUUCACUCCCAGCGCCAGAAUCAGUUGUCGACUCUUUUCCUCUGAAGAACCACGAAAAGACAACUAAUGGAGGGGAUGAAAUUGAGCAAUGCUACAUUUGCCUGGCUGAGUACGAAGAGGGUGAUAAAAUAAGAGUCCUUCCUUGCCGCCACGAGUAUCAUAUGUUAUGCGUUGAUAAAUGGUUGAAGGAGAUUCACGGAGUAUGCCCACUUUGUAGAGGGGAUGUUCGUGCAGGCUCAAACACUGAAUGUUCAGUUCCAAACUCUGAAGUUCCAACAAUUUGAUAGAAUUGUAUAUAGCGAUAACGGAACUCAUUUAUCCUGUUUCCUGUUAAUACUGGGGAUAAACUGAAUCCCCAUGAUUUAAUUUUGUAAGGCAUCUACAUUGUAUAGCAGUUUCAGAAAAAAUAUUUGCACAAGUUCUUUACUCUGGGCCUGAAAAUUUGAAUGAAUAGAAGCCAGUUUGGUUUGAAUGGUU